AUGGCGAAUCCACAUGAACCUCAUUUCUUUAAGCCUCUGCUUCCUGGUUUCCACAGUGGCAUCACAAUACCACUUGCCUUCUUCUCAAAGCACAUAGAAGGGAAGACGAACCAGAAAACAUGGAAACUAAGAUCGGACGCUUCAGAUCAAACUUGGGAAGUGAUACAAGAAGGCAGGACACGCACCGGAGGUUGGAAAUAUUUCACCACAGCACAUGACCUUCAAAUCGGUGACCUUGUCAUCUUCAAACACAAAAGAGACAUGGUGUUUCAUGUCAUUCCUUUUGGUCCUAGCUGUUGUGAGAUUCAGUAUACACAUCCUCACAUCAUCAAGGAAGAAGCCGACGCGGGUGAUGCUGAUGACAUUGAGAUUAGAGGAACAGGGGCAAUGUCUUCUUUCUCAUUCGACUACUGUUUUUUGGCUGAGGUCACUGCUUCAAAUCUAAAAGCAGACAAACUUUAUCUUCCUAAGCGAGCUACGAGUUCUACUGCUUUGAACAAACAAUGCCAAGAGAUGAUACUAGUGAACAAAGAAGGGAAUUCAUGGACUGCGAGUUUGCGAUUUAGCGAAUCAGGCGGCAUGUAUUACAUCACAAGAGGCUGGAGAAAGUUCUGUCGUGAUAACAAAUGCGACAUAGGAGACUUAUUUGUGUUCAAUCUGGUUGGAGAUGGGAAAUCUACUCCAUUGUUGUGUGUAUGUCCGGAAAGUAAAGAGUUUUAUGAACUACUGAGCAAACACUUGAGCAGAAAGCAUGGUGACAUUGCUUCUGGCUCACGGGUGAAUUAG